UAGUUGUUCUCAUUUUUAUGUCCCACUACAUUCAUAUUUUACAUUAUCAAUAAUCUUCCUGUGUUAAUUAUCUUUACUAUAUUUAUAUAAACAAGUCAACGUUAUUUAGGCUCUAAUAGUAAUAACACUAGCCAUAACAGGAACAAUAUGAGCAGACAAUCUUUGUUUGAGUUCAAAAAACAAGCUUCAUUUUACAUAAAGGAGAAGAUAAAAACCGCUAGAUUGAUUCUCACUGAUGUCACCCCUGUACAACUGAUGACAGAAGAAGCAACAAAUGCGAAUACAUGGUCAGCGGAUAGUCGAAGUCUUGGAUUAAUAUCAGAAGCUGCUUUCGAAGUUGAUGAUUAUUGGAGGAUUGUCCACAUUUUGCAUGAUAAAUUAUCAAAAUUUGACAGAAAAAGUUGGAGGGAGUCAUAUAAUGCUUUGAUAGUAUUAGAACACUUACUGACUCAUGGACCAGAAAGUGUUGCGGAAGAGUUUCAAACAGAUACAUUUGUCAUCAAAAAUAUGAAACUUUUUCAGCAUGUAGAUGAAACAGGAUUUAAUUGGGGCGUUGCUGUGAGCAAAAAAUCAGAAAGAGUACUAAAAUUGUUGGAAAAGGGCCCACUGCUCAAAGAAGAAAGACAUGAUGCUAGAAAGUUAACAAGGGAGAUUAAAGGGUUUGGAAGUUUUUGUGUUAGAUCAGCUUCCCCACAUUCAGCAUCUACAUUUGUAAGAAGCCAUUCACAGUUUAAUGAGCACAGAAAAGAAGAAAAGUUUCCAGACAAAGUAAGUUUGGAUAACAUGAAGAGGUUUCUGAAGGAAAACAAGGCAGCAAGAGAUUAUGAUUGUUGGAAACAAGAUUUAGAUGUUUGGGACAUUAAUGUUGGAGAGAAAAAGGGGCUUUUAGAUGUGAAAAAUAAGGGAUUGCUGAAUGAGGAAGAAGAUCAUCCUUUUAGUUAUGGUGUGGAAUACAGCAGAGUGUCAUUGCUAGCUGCUGGUAAACUUUAUUAA